AUGGUUGUUGUGAUAGACUCUCGAGCCGAUAUGGCUCAGGAGAGGAUUCUCAUGAAAAAAUUGAAAAAAUACCACAUUGGAGUCCUGGUACUAUCUGUGAUUGCUGUAAUUCUUCUUCUCUGGGCUAUUAUCGCUACCGUAUACAAUUUCACUGGCAAUCGACAUACUGAACACGUGGUACUUGAGCCAAGGUCCAAAUCUGCCAGAUUUAGAAAUGCAGCGGCAGUCGCGGAUUCCAAUUUUUGUGCUGAAAUUGCAAGAAACAUCAUAAUCCAAGGCGGAAAUGCUGUUGAUGCUGCGAUAUCAGCUACAUUCUGUAAUGGCGUCGUUCUACCGUAUGCCACUGGAAUUGGCGGUGGCGAUUUCAUUGUGAUUUAUUUGAAAGCAGAAAAGAAAUGUGUCUUCCUGAAUUCCCGAGAAACCGCUCCAUCGCUAGCAACCAAAAAUAUGUACACCUCUGAUAAGGAAUCCGCUCAAUUCGGCUACCAAUCUAUUGGCAUCCCAGGAGAACUACACGGAUUAUGGACCGCCUAUAAAAAAUAUGGGUCAAAAGUGAUCCCUUGGUCGGAUUUGGUGAUGCCAGCUGCUCAAUUAGCCAAAGGGUUCCCAAUGCAUCAGGCAAUGUUUAAUUUUUUGGAUCGAAUCACAAAGUACAAGGAUCGGGCCGAAGCUCAGGCGUUGAAGAACUUGUAUACAUCGAAGUUUAGUGGGGAGUUUUAUAAAGUUGGAGAGAUUGUCGCUAAUUAUCCAUUGGCAAAGUUGUUAAGAGUUAUUGCAAAUUCUCAGGAUCCGGUGCAGUUGUUUUAUAAUGGAUCCAUUGCAGAUGGAAUCAUCAAGGAAAUGCUCGCCAAUGGCGGCAUUAUUACAAUUGAUGACUUGAGAAAUUAUGAAACUCAUGUUACUGAAGCCUUAUACGCGGAUCUCGGGAAGUAUCGAAUGUGUGGACCGCCUCCACCAUCAUCGUGGGUGAUCACCCAGGCGAUUCCCAGAAUUGUGGAAAUGCAAUACCGCGACAAGAAAAUGUUCAACGACGUCGAAUUCUAUCACACUUUGAUUGAGGCUCAAAAACUGGCCUACGCACCUGCUGUUUUGGAUAGUGGUACUUCUCAAAUUAGCGUUGUGGAUGAUGAUGGGAAUGCUGUCUCACUGACAUCUUCAAUUAAUACAGCAUUCGGCUCAAAAAUGCUCUCAAAGUACGGAUUCAUCUAUAACAAUCAAAUGGAUGACUUCUCGACACCCGGAUUUCGUAAUCAUUGGGGAUUCGAACCAACUGAAGCCAAUUUUAUUGUUCCUGGACGACGACCGAUGAGUAGUAUGAGUCCUACUGUAGUUUUUAAUGUUGAGAAUGGAGAUUUGAAAAUGGUGACAGGCGGUACGGGAGGUUCUAAAAUUAUAUCGGCUGUGGCACAGACACUGAUCAGAGGGUUGCUUAUGGGACAGAAUGCAGCGGAAAUUGAAGACCGAGAAGACGUGGAAAACGCGUUCGACGUGGAAAAAUUGGAUGACGUGGAACACGUGGAUGACGUGGAAAAAUUGGAUGAAGUGGAACACAAAAUUCUGGUACAACUGGAAAAGGAUCAUAAUCAAAAAAUGGAGAAGACCGACGAGAGUCUGGCAAUUGUGUAUCCGAUUACCAAUGACGGCGGAGUGUAUACUGUAGCUUCGGACUACAGAAGAAAGUCUGGAAACUCGCCGGCUGGCUAUUAA